AUGGCACUGAGUUGGCAGCAAAUCUUCGAGCUCGUCUCGGUGGUCGUCUACAUCUAUGUAGAAUACCGUAUCUGGACCUCCAAGAAUCGUCUUUUCCACUCUCCAUUCUACUCCAUAUUUUUGACAGUUGGAAUUCUCGACAUUCUCUAUGCCCCUUUCAACGAGUUUAAGAUAUUUUUCGGGUAUUCUCCGCCGGCACGCACGAUUUUGGGGAUGAUUACAAAGACAUUACGCGACGGGCACUACUAUCUACAAGUGGUCAUGUCGGCGAAUCGGAUGACAAUUGUUUUAUUUCCCACCACGCAUAAUCAGCUAUGGCGCCAUGAAAAAGUGCGAAAAGUGAUCGUGUUCUGCUUGGUGCUAAUGUGCUUCACCCAAAUUUACACCCCGGUGAUGAUCAUUAUUUUCGGGUGGAAGGAUGAGCAGAUGAACUACCCGAAUAUUCAGGGUUUUGACCAGGAGCUAAACGUGCUGAUCCAACUCUUCACUUUCAUCCACCACUACCUCUAUGUGCCGCUGUGUCUCAUCGGUGUCUUCGCCAAUGUUGCUAUUGUUAUCGUCCUGGUUCGGCCAGCCAUGCGAAGAAACCCGUUUAACGUGUUCUUGGUGGCAAUCGCGGUUUGCGACGCAACAUUAAUGGCUACUUAUCUGGUCUAUAAACAUGUCGACCAAUGCCACCCGUGGUACUUCUCCUACCCGUUCCUCCUCUACACCAAGUACUACGCGAUGGUGUCGGUGUUUGUGCACUCAUUGAGUCUGUGGCUCACCGUCAAUAUGGCCGUGCUCAGGUACAUGGUGCUCUACCGUGGUCAAUACCCACAGUCCUCAAUCCCGAAUUGCAAUAACUACUCCUCGGCCUUCCUCUCGAUCCUCUUUGCCGUCAUCAUUGCCGUGGUCGGAUCGUUGCCAAACAUCCUCAAUUACCAGGUGUUUGGUCCAACAACCAUCGCCCGCGCAGACAUGUUCGUUCCCUCGUUUAUCGAAACCUGCAAGCAGGGCAGUCAUCUUGAGCAUUGGGAACGGAUAGAGACGAUGGAGACGUUUGAGUUAUAUACCCUUGGCUCUCCAACAUGGUGGAACUGCGACCUGAUGCGUCUGAAUUAUUGGAUGGUGUCGCUGGUGUUGAAACUUGUGCCUUGUAUAUUGUUGACGAUUUUCAUGUCGUUGUUAGUAAGGAUGCUGAUGGAAGCGAGAGAACGACGAUCGAGGCUGUGCAACGGGGCGACGGCUGGGAAUUCUCAGGCUGAACGAACCACAACGAUGUUGACGGGCAUCGUGGCCGUGUUUUUGAUAACGGAGGCACCGCAGGGAAUUCUUGGGCUAGCAGUUGGGUUCAACCGACGCCUCCAAGGCCUAUCGAUGAUCCUGACCGACACUUUCGAUCUUUUGUCGCUGAUCAACUCUUCUGUCAACUUUGUCCUCUAUGCGCUGAUGAGCCACGUUUUCAGGAGGGAGUUCCUGUUGACGUUCGGAGCGUGUUGUCCGCAAUCUACGGAGCAAGACAGUGGGGCCGUGCUGACAAAGGCGGGUAGCUACGGUACUCAGAAGAAAGGGCUAGCCCGUUUUCUGUUCCGGAAACGCUCAUCCGGCUUCGCGCCGGUUCCAACGAAAGCUGAAACGCAGCAGACGAAUAAUGACGCG